GGCUUUGUGGAUGGGCACUGGCUGCACCGUGGAGAAAAACGUGCAUGCUGUAUGUAUCCCGUGUGGUGUGUCAGUGACAAACAAACAGACCCAACGCUCAGAGAAACACUCGGCUGUUUUAAAUCUAAAUAUCAGGAUUCACAAAGGGGACGCGGCAUGCACGCAUGCAGAUGUGUGUGUAUGUGCAGAUAUUUGGAGGUGUCGAGGUUUUCGAGGAAUUUAAAAUUGGACUGAUGGAGCUGCUGGCAAACUGAGGGCUGGGCUGUGACUUCCUGCGUUGUUGCAUGUUUCCUGGGAUGGAAUAAUUUUUCUCUUCAUUCAUCAAAGAAAUAAUUGAUACUUCUUUUUACUCAAUGGUGCUUGAAGGCAGAGAGAUGGACGGCAUUGGGCACACCAUGCAGAAGAAGGCUGCAGAGCUGGAGCGGCUGGCCGAGGUGCUCGUCACCGGAGAACAGCUGAGGCUGCGGCUCCACGAGGCGAAGGUGAUCAAGGAUCGGCGGCACCACCUGCGGACUUACCCAAACUGCUUUGUGGCCAAGGAGCUCAUUGAUUGGCUGAUCGAACACAAGGAAGCCUCAGACCGAGACACCGCCAUCAAGAUCAUGCAGAAACUUUUAGACCAGAGCAUCAUUCACCACGUGUGUGACGAGCACCGGGAGUUCAAAGACCUGAAGCUGUUCUACCGCUUCCGGAAAGACGACGGCACGUUCCCAUUGGACAGUGAAGCCAAAGUCUUCAUGAGGGGGCAGAGGAUCUAUGAGAAGUUGAUGAACACAGAAAACAGCCUAUUACAAACCAGGGAGGAGGAGGGUGGGACAUUUGAGCGGGCGCUUCUGGCCUCUGAGUUCAUCGACUGGCUGCUACAGGAGGGGGAGAUGGCAACCAGGGAGGAGGCAGAGCGGCUGGGACGGCGGCUUCUUGAACAUGGCAUCAUCCAGCACGUCACCAACAAGCAUCACUUUGCCGACGGGCCCCUCCUCUACCAGUUCAGGAUGAAUUUCCGGCGACGACGGCGGUUGAUUGAACUUCUUCAUGAGCGCAGCCGCUGCAUCCCCGAGAGUCACGACAGCCCCUUCUGUCUCCGCAAACAGAACUCAGAUGGAGGCAACACCAGCUUCCUCUCAGUGAGUCCCACUAAAGAGAUUAAAGUGGCAGUCGGAGUCCGGCGGAGCAGCUUGAGCAGCAGCUGUGGCAGCAGCGGUUAUUACAGCAGCAGUCCAACGCUCAGCAGCAGUCCACCUGUCCUUUGCAACCCCAAGUCUGUUCUGAAAAGACAAGUGAGUCCAGAGGAGCUGCAGACACCAGGAGGACCUUUUAUAAAGAAGACAUUCACUAUUGUAGGUGAUGCUGUGGGCUGGGGCUUUGUGGUGCGAGGCAGCAAACCCUGUCACAUCCAAGCAGUGGACCCAGGUGGACCUGCGGCCGCUGCUGGCAUGAAGGUGUGUCACUUUGUGGUGUCGGUGAACGGACUGAACGUGCUCUCUCACGACUACCGGACCGUCAGCAACCUGAUCCUAACCGGACCCAGGACAAUCGUCAUGGAGGUGAUGGAGGAGGCAUAAGUUGGAGGAGAGCUGCGACAGAAUUCCUCAUAGCUGAGUAGUGCAGUAAUAACAUGGGGGCUAGAAGGUUUAGUACUUGACCUCAAAACCACAGCGACAGAGCAACGUGGACAUGUUGAAACGCAACUCACACUCUCUCUGUUCCAACAUUAUUUGAACAAGGUGGACGACUGAGAGACGCAGAGUGUUUUUAAGUGUGUGUAUUCAAGUCAAGAUAAUGAUUCAACCUGUAGACAAAACACGCAGGUUGUACUUGAAUUUUUAUUUUUUAUUAAGAGGCGCACACAUAAAAGAGUGAAAGUUCCAAGAGCCACCACUUCAACAGACAGUGAUCCAACUUCUUCAACGUGCCCACAAAGACUCUCAGUCUUAAUGAAGAGGCCCCAGACUUUAUGUGCAGAAUAGGAAGAGCUGUGUUCCCUGUUUUUAUUUGAGUUCCGAACCAGAACUGUUUCAUGAAUCAGUUGCUGAACACAACGAGUGUUUUAAGGACGACAGAUGGGAGUUUGUCAUUAGAAGCAAGAAUUGAACCAGUACAAGCUGGGACUGAAACAUUAAGGAAUAAUAUUUCAUGCUGACACAUUCAGUGACCUCUCCCCCAGUUAGUUUCCAACCAUGGACUGAAGCUCCUGAUGGCUCAACACUGCCCUCUGCUGAGGAGGACAGGAAGACACACAGAGAGGGAGCAUUUAUACAACAACUAUGUAAAUCACAAGUUUUGUUUAGUUGGUUUUUUCCCUUGCUUGUGGAACCAGUGUGUAAAAUAGAAAAAAGACAAAUUUGUGGGGCUGAGUCCUUGGCAGCGGCCGCAGGUUCGAAUACGACCCACGGCCCUUUGCAGCUUGUCGCCCCCCCCUCUCUCCCAUUUUCUGUCUUCGAGCUAUACUGUCAAUUAAAGGCCAUAAAAGCCUUUAAAAAAAAAAAAACAAAGACAAAUUUCUACCCUUGUCGUGUGAAAGAAAUUAACAAAGUAAUUGAUGCCCAGAUAUAUUUAUGUGUAGCUGCUAGGAAUUAGUUAACAUAAUAAAAAUGCAGUGAUAAACUGUAUGUGACAUUAACAGGCACAAUGUACAGUAUAUACUAUAGUAUAGAAAAAUUACAAAAGACUUAACGCACAAACAAACAGAAGAAGUCCUGCUUUAGGAUGAAGCCUCAAAUAUUGUGCAAACUAAAACAACAUCUUGGAGACUUUAAGAUGACACAUGAUAUGCAAACCAGAAAGUUCAACAUGUCAACAAUCACAAAAUAUGUCAUUAUUUGUAACAGUUAAAAAAUAAGAGUUCAGACAGCAAAUAUUCUCUCUUAUAUGUACUGGAUAGAUGUUCUUAACUCUAGGAAAGAUAAAAUAUUUCUAAGACUUGUUGCAUUUAUUGCCUACAAAAAGAAUAAAAAAGAAGUAUGUACCAGUG